GUUGUAAACAACCGGAAGUUUAUUUGUAAAAAUGGCUUCCGGUCUGAUGGACGGGUUCAUAGCGUCCUUCGCUGAAAAGGUUGGAGCUACGGUACCAGCAAUACGACUGUUUAGUUCUCUUUUGUUAGGUUACCCUUUAGCUUUUAUAUAUAGGAACUUCAUCUUUGGCAAGCCGUCCAAUGUACAGCAUGUUUUCUUUGCCUUAUGUGGACUUUGGCUGUGUUACUUCAACUUUGGUUUCAAUGUCCUUCACUCCAUCGCAAACAUUGUGGUCAUCUAUGCAUUACUAUUGGCCAUAGGAGGGACUCAGUUGUCUGUGGCCCUGGCUUUUAUUUUUAACUUGGGUUACCUGGUUGCUGCCUAUUACUUCACUGCUACAGACGGGUAUGAUAUUCGCUGGACCACCCCUCACUGUGUGCUCUGUCUGCGCCUCACUGGGCUCGUGUUCGAUGUCUAUGAUGGAAGGAAAGACAGAAAGUCUCUGUCCAGUGACCAGCAGUCCACUGCUCUGGACACCGUCCCCAGUCCACUGGAGGUGCUGGGCUACUCUUAUCACUUUGGGGGAUUUAUGACUGGACCACAGUUUCCGCUGAAGCGUUAUCGUGGUUUUGUUGAAGGUGCAUUUGGCAACAAGCAGACAGGAGGACCUCCAGCAAGCAUCAUACCUGGUAUGAGGAGGCUGAGUCUGGGAGUGGUCUAUAUUGCUGUCUACCAGGUGGGGCAUCAGUUCUUCCCUGGACUCUAUAUGGUGGGAGACGAAUUUGCUUCUCUGCACCUCUGGCAAAAGUUGCUGUACAUUGGAAUUUGGGGGAAGUUUGCUUUGUACAAAUAUAUAGCAGUCUGGAUGAUUGUGGAAGGUGCAUGUAUUUUGACUGGACUUACUUAUAAUGGAACAGAUCAAAAUGGAAAUGAUCUCUGGGAUGGCUGUAUCAAUGUUAAGCUUGUAAAAUUUGAAACGGCCACAACGUUUCAGGAGAAAAUAGAUUCCUUUAAUUUAAACACAAAUCUUUGGAUGUUAAAAUAUGUAUAUAAAAGACUGCGUUUCUUGGGUCACAAAGAGAUCUCACAGGCAGUGACGUUAUUCACCCUAGCUGUGUGGCAUGGCAUCCACUCAGGCUACUACAUGAACUUCGCUCUAGAAUUCCCCAUCGUGAACAUGGAGAAAGAUAUACAAAGAGAAGUGGACAGAAACCCCACAUUAAAGAGGCUAUGCAAUCAUCCCCUGGUGUAUCCUGUGCACUGGGUGUUCAGGAAAAUGUUUGUGGAAGUGUUCUUGGGGUAUCCUCUCAUUGGAUUUGUACUGCUCACUUAUGAGAGAUGGUACAAGAUCUACAGUGAAGUGUACUGGUGCGGCCAUAUUUUAUUUUUCUCCUGGCCCCUGGUCUAUAUGCUGCUGAAAGCAACUGUGCUCAAGAGACCCAAAGCCAAGGUGGAGAAGGACGCUCAGAUGCAACAGAAACUAGUUGAUGCCAAAGUUGAAAAAACAGAUUAAAAAGAAAAAGGAGAAAAAAGAAAAUAAUUCUACGUGAUCCAUUUCAAAGCAAAGCCAUGAUGUUUGGAACAUUCCCGAUCCACAGAACUGCCAUAUUUAUAUAAACAAGAUGAUGGAGGGUAAUCUUAGAGAACUUCAUACUCCAGAAUCAGUUAAACAUGACAUCAGGAAGGUGAUACACAUACCGUCUGUUUUAAGGGCUGCUUUAAUCUGUUGCAUUUCAAUUAUGAUUAUUAUUUAUUAAAAGUUUGGUUGUAAAGGUGCCUAUGGGUAAGUUUCAUGUUGUAGACUAGAUAGGAGAAUUAUAAUGGAUAGUUGUUAUUUAUAUUGAGGCUUUAAGUUGUAGUGCUAAACACUUGUUUGUAAAGUUACCACAAGACAUUAAGUUUCACAUUGAAAUAUACUGGCUUGCUGUAAGCAAGUGGCAUUUGUCUUUGCAGAUGUUAAAAUUCAGAUGUUAAUAUUUAAGUGUCAGUUAUGAUUUCACAAGAUUUAAUUUGACUCUUUUAGUUUCUCACAAAAAUAUUUCUGCCUUGAAUGACUGAAGUCUGGUUUUGGAUAUUAUCAAUGAGACAUUGAUUUUGGAGACAGAUAAAACAAUUCCGUUUGAAUUUUGAGAGCAGUUAUCAAACAGAUGAUACUAGGUAAAAUUGAUUUAGAAAGUCUUCAGCUAUUUAUUGUUAGAAAAGUACUAUCUUGGAAUUUAUAAGUAGUUUUUGGUGUUUUAUCCUGUGUAGUUAUUGAUAAUGAAAGUAGACAUAAGACCCUUUUUACUUUUAGCUGAAUAAUGCAAUUUUCAGUUAACAAAUUUUACCACACAGUGUAUGUGCCAUGUGAUCAUUUCAUUAAGUUUUCAAAUUUAAUCAGUUAACAAGAAAGAUGAUCUAAACUUCGGGCAUUAUGCAUGUUUCUUGUAAGCAAAGGAAAUUAUUUUUCUAAUGAAAGACAUAGAUAUAUCUAAAGAAUCCUAGUUUUUUUUAUAAGGUUAAAUGUCUUGAGUAUAACAAAAUGUCAGUAUAUCCUGAAGAAAGUAUAGUAUUUUUCAAGGAUAUUUAAAUAUGCUAUAGAUAUAAAAAUACAGAUUAUAUAGAUAUAAAAAUACAAAUAGGAAUCAUUUUCUA